UAUCGGCUCGGUCACGGUCUCGGUGGUUUCAGUAGCAUCCAUCUCAUAGGUCGUUAGUGGAGGCCAAUGAUGGCUGUUAGGGUCCUUGAGCCUCCACUAUGACGCUACUGCGUUGGAUCAGCCAAAAAGAAAAACGGCACGGCAAAGAAACGCCUGGAAGUCUUUUGUUUUAGAGUGUAUGUCCUAUCAAGUUGCGUUACUGGGUAGUGAUUGACGGACAAGUGGAUGAAGGAGAGAAACGGAAGGGCAGCAUAUAAUGAACGGUAAUAAGCUCCGAGCUCUGCCGUAAGUAAGUGAGAGCGCCGAUGUGUUCUUGUAAGUGAUGCCGUCCAGCUGUUAAGCUACAUAUAGAGACGGAAAAUGAACUGGCUGCUCUCACCAGAAAUAAUAUGGUGUCGUUAUACUCAAUAACCCCCCCUAACCAUCUACUAAAACCAAAACUGAAUCCAUUGAUCCAUGUCCUCAUUGUCUGUCGAUAAUUCAUGACCUGACUUGGUCUGGCCUGAGCGGCCCAACUUAAGUACAACCUACCCACCUUGAGCCGUGGACGUAGGUAGGUAGCUGAGCUACUAAUAUCCAUUACUGAGGGACUAUUUACGUAGCUUUCCCCAACUCAAAACACCACUUCUCGUUCUACUUCAUCUGCCUCAAUUUUUGCUCACCUAAGUCUAUCUCCUCUAAAACACCAUUUUACAUUAAUCUAUCAUCAUGGCUCGCAAGUUCUUCGUCGGCGGCAACUUCAAGAUGAACGGCUCCAAGUCGUCCAUCAAGGAGAUUGUCGAUAACCUCAACAACGCUGAUCUCGACAAGAACGCUGAGGUCGUUGUCUCUCCUCCUGCCAUCUACCUCCCUCUCGUCCGUGAGACCCUCCGCAAGGACAUCGAGGUCGCCGCCCAGAACGUCUUCAACAAGCCCAACGGUGCUUUCACCGGCGAGAUCUCCGUCUCCCAGCUCAAGGACAGCGACAUCAACUGGGUCAUUCUCGGCCACUCUGAGCGUCGUGAGAUUCUCGGCGAGUCUGACGAGACGAUCUCCUCCAAGACCAAGUACGCCACUGAGAACGGCCUCAAGGUCAUCUGGUGCUGCGGCGAGACCCUCGAGACCCGUGAGGCUGGCAAGACCAUCGACUUCGUCUCUAAGCAGCUCGAGUCCCUCAAGUCCCAGAUCUCCGACUGGUCCAACAUUGUCAUUGCCUACGAGCCCAUCUGGGCUAUCGGCACUGGCAAGGUUGCUACCACUGAGCAGGCCCAGGAGGUCCACAAGGCUAUCCGUGACCUCCUCCGUGGUAUCAGCGACAAGGUUGCUGACGAGACCCGAAUCCUCUACGGCGGCAGUGUUAACGAGAAGAACUGCGGCGAGCUCUCCAAGCAGCCCGACAUUGAUGGUUUCCUCGUUGGCGGUGCUUCUCUCAAGCCUGCUUUCGUCGACAUCAUCAACGCUACCAAGCAGUAAACGUAUGAGUUCAAAAGUAAAAAGUCUUGUUCCGUUGAGGUCUUUGAUACCUUGGUAUGGGAGCAGAUAGAUGAUGAAUGAAACAAAAAUGAUUAUACCCAUGAAUAAUUGGUCAUUUUUCUAUUAUGUGAGAAAGACUUUUCUUAAGUGAUCCUGUAACUUUAACUAUCACAAGAAAGAAAAAAAUCUUAAUUGAGCAUAGACAUUCAGCCAGUGGUGAAGAUGAGAAGCAGUUGUCAUUCAUGCCCCUAACAUCAUGGAGAUCUUGCUAUAAAUCGUACAAAUUUCCAAGCAACCCAAUGCUACAAGCAACCCCAAUAUUGUUUACAAAACACAUAAAUGUACAGAAAACCCAAUCGUAGAAGCCAGCUCUUAAACAACCAUUCCCUUGCCGUGGUAUGGGGACCAGACGCCACGCACACUUGGUUGGGCGCUGUUGACUGCUUUGUUGUAACGUUUCAACUUCUCUCCGCUAGCAUCACGCAAUAACUCGGCCUUCUGAAGGAUCUCGUAUGGUGAUAGGUUUCGUACGCAGAUGGGCUUAGUUCGACCAUUGAUGUAGUGACCGACAACGACGGGGUGCUUUCCGGGUCGAGGGGAGAUGGAGAAUUCGACUUGAGGGUUGGCGGCGGCGAACUUGGGGAGAAGAGACUUGAUGAAGCCAC